UUACCAACGUUUUAGGUGAAACACAAGCAACAUUUGGGUACAAUCAGCGUUUCUGCCAAAAGGGGGACCACGCCAUCCUGUAGCCGUGGACCCAAGGAUGUGGGACUUAACAGGAAAGUGUUGCCAUCGCAGGAUACUGGGUUCAGUCACACUGCUGACAUGACUCUCCUGAAGGUGUACCUCGCCGUGGUGCUGCCCCUGGUGGUGGACUGUGUGUGUGAACCCGGGCUUCAGGCCUGUGAGUGGGAGUCCUGGGGUGUGUGGAGCUCCUGUACCAUUACUUGUGCUGGGGUGAGAACCAGAACACGGAAGAUGUGCUGUGGAGUUCAUGUUCCAGACUGUAUCGGUAAAUGUGACCGACCAAACACGUCCGUGGAGACGGAAUAUUGUGAGACACACUGCCCUAAUGGUGGAAGCUUCAUCGAUGGCUACUGUCAGUGUCCUCCUCUCAGAUACGGAGUUUGUUGUGAACGAGGCGAGACAACUGCAUCUGGUGACUGUGCCCGGCACUGCACGUGGAUUAACUGGUUCUCCUGGGGAGGCUGCAGCACAGGCUGUGGCUGUGGAACACGAACCAGGAAAAGAUGGCGCUGCUGUCUAACGUCGGUGGGGAAUAACUGCACUGAGGACUGCAACUCCCGGGGGAACAGUAUUGACACGAGGGUCUGCACCCAAGAGUGCAUCACGAAAAACAGGAAUCGGACUUGCCCCCUUUGUUCCUGGAACGCGUGGCAGCCAUGGAGCAGCUGUAGCCAGCGAUGUGGAGGAGGUAAAAGGACAAGGUCACGGUCACCUUGCUGCUGUGAAGGGCAAACCGUUAAGGACUGCCUGUACGACUGCCGCCUGUCUGAGAAUGACACAGUUGAGUCCGAGAGCUGCAAUGAAGUUUGUUUCAACGACGGCAGUUUCUCAAGCAGCAUCUGUGACUGUGGACGAGGCUACUCUGGAUCCUGCUGCUCUGAUGAGGUAACACAUGACAAUUGUUCCAAAUGCACCUGGGCGAUGUGGGAACCAUGGGGGCUUUGUAAUGGUUCCGAGAACGGAGAAGUAACGAGACAACGAUCCCUCUGUUGUCGUGUGGGGCAGAAGGAAGACGAGUGUUACGCCCAGUGUAAUCGAGAGAGACGCGAAACUGUAGACGUGAAACAAUGUGACCUAUUUGUAGUGAAAGAUUCAAACCAAAUUCACUUCAUGUACACAAUCAUCGCCUCUGUCGCCUCCGUCGUCCUUACGUCGCUUGUCUGGAUCGUCUGUCAUUGCAUAAAGUAUGGGCAGCGAAAAACACCCCCAAAUCAGGAACUGUCUGGCGUGGCCAACCAUGCUACUGAAAUGGACAACUAUACCAAUUUGUCUGCUGCGCGAAGAGACGUGGUUCACAACGACUACCAGAAGACAUCUGAGGAAGAUGAUGGAUGUGGGCACGUGUAUGAAACACCAGCAAACCUUCAUAUGUAAUGCCGACCAGUGAUACUGUGUCGUGUUAAACGUUUAUGAGUUCACAACAGUGAGUAAGUUGGGUUUUACGCCGCUGUUAGCGUUCUUCCAGACAUAGGGGGCACGGGUGGCCCAGUGGUCUAAGGCGCCGCGAUUCGCUGUGCAGAGUUGCGUCCCUUGGGCACGCC